UUGUGUUCUCCGUUGCAGCUCGUUAACGUGUUCCAAAGCAGCCUGGAGCGCUGCGUGUCUCCAGGAUCAGUAACGACAACCGGCACGCCAAACUACACACUAACUACAGCUACGACACCAGGCAACAGAACCACAACCGCUCAGUCAACAACGGGCAGCGACAACACAACUACGGCUUCAACAGCAGUGACGUUGAACAGCACAACUACAGCUACGUUAGAAGGCAACAAAACAACAACACCAGACAUCAGUAACACAGCUACAACAACGUUCACCAACAACACAACAAUAGCUACAACAGCAUUCGCCAACAACACAACAACAGCUGCAACCACAUUAAAAAACAACACAACUACAACAACAACGCCAGAAACCAGUAACACACCAAAAGCUACGACAACAUUGCCAGAAAGCAGCAACACAACAACAGCUACAACAACAACGCCAAAAAGCAGUACCAUAACAACAGCUACAACAUUCGAAAGCAACAACACAACAGCUACAACACUUGAAGCCAGUAGCACAACAACAGCUACAACAACAACACCAGCAACAACAAGACUUGAAGGCAGUAGCUUAACAACCGCUACAACAACAACAACACUUGAAGGCAGUAGCUUAACAACAACUACAACAACAGCAACACCAAUAACAACACUUGAAGGCAGUAGCUUAACAACAACUACAACAACAACACCAGCAACGACAAUAACAACACUUGAAGGCAGUAGCUUAACAACAACUACAACAACAACACCAGCAACAACAACAACAACACUUGAAGGCAGUAGCUUAACAACAACAACAACAACAAAAAAGAGUAGUACAACAACAGCUACAACUACAACAACACCAGCAACAACACCACAGAAAGGCAGUAGCACAACAACAACAGCAAAAAAGAGUAGCACAACAACAGAUACAACAACAACACCUAAAGGCCAAACCAAUAAAUCUCAAGGAAACUCAUCAGCCUCAAACAACAACAAGCGGAGGAGAAGGAGUGUGCGUCUGGGUCGUGAUGUUGGCAGCGGUGUGACACAAAGCAGUGACACGAGCACCGGCCUGUUUCAGAACCUCGGUAUUUCAUGCGCCGCGGGCGUCUCCGCAACAAGCAGCUGCUCUGUGACGCUGCGGCUGCAGCAGCCGGUCCCCUCGUGCUGCAUCCUGCGAACGCUGUGCGCCGCCAGCGCAGCGUCCUCCAACGUCAGCGCGGUGGGACGUCGAGCGCACAGAGAUCUGCCGCAGAGCUCGUGCCCCGGCGCCCCGCAGGAGGAAACCAGCUGCAGCUACGCGGGUCCAGCCAACAGCUCCUGUGGCGCGUCUGAUGCUGCGUAUGUAGGCGGUCAGACCAACUCAAGCAGCUGUGCUCCAGUUCCACCGACCAGCGUGUGCAGCUGCUCGUCCUACUGCAGUAACACCGACUCUUACUACGCUUUCCAAGUUUCACUCCUCGACCCGGACCUGACCGCUUCUUACGUCUCGUCGCUGAUUUCACAGACGCUCAAACAAGCGCAGAACUGCAGCCCGUCUUCAACAGAUCCAUGUCCGCUGCUCGUCGUUGGAGCUAAUUAUAAGGAUGCCAGCGUGACGUGCGGAGUCGACGUCGCAAAUCGUCAGAACUGCAGCGUGAUUUUGCGCUUCGCCGUCGAGGUCCCGGUCUGCUCCGUGGCCGCAGCCGCGACGCAAGCGUUUCAGUCCCGGGCUCAGAUCAGCUUUAAUGGAUCCGUCAACAGAACGGCGAUGUGUGGGAACUCCAGCGUCGGCGGCAGCUCGUGGAGCUCCCAGGUCACGUGGGUGUCUGUGCCGGUCCCGUCUGCUACGUUCUGUGCGGCGGUCGAGCAGUUUACCAGCCUCGUGUGUGCGAGUGGAGGGAAUGUGGUCGUGUGGCUGGACGAGGCCUGUGAUCAGGCGAGUACCACAACCGCACAACCGAACACCACGUCACCAGUGAACACGACAACGGCAACGACAACAUCCGUGGGCGUCACCGUGACGACGCUCAACACCGCCACCCCUGCUGCCAACGUUUCCGCGACAACCGCCACAGCAUCAGCCGAGAGCCGAGCCGGCGCGCUGCUGGAGCAGAGCCGGGACGCGUCCAAGCUCGACGCCAGCCAGAUCGACCUGCUGCUUGCCCAGCUGGAGAGCCUCCUGUCGGGCCCCAACGUCAGCCUGGCGCUGGGCAACACCUCCGUCAGCAUCGUGAGCAACCUGCUCAACGCCUCUCCGGCCCAGGUCGCCCGCUCAUCCAACAGGAUCAUUGGGAUCGUUGACACCGUGGGGCUGAAGCUGGUCCUCGGCGCCGCGGCUCAGACCCUCUUGUCUCCGUCUGUGGCCUUGUCUGUGAAACGCGCAGAUGGCGGCAACUUCCAGGAAACGUUCUUUUCCAUCUCUGACCCCAGUAACGUCCAGAUCAGAGGGAUUCCGAGGCUCGGAAGGAGUGCGAGGACCUCCUCGGUCCCUCAGGGCUCCGUCACGCUGCCCUCGUCUCUCACACACAACCUCAGCCCUCAGCAGCAGCAGCAGGUCACCAGGGUGCAGUUCAGCUUCUACCAGAAGAGCACGGUGUUCCAGGAUAAAUCCCUGGGACGGCGCGUUCUCAACAGCGGCAUCCUCGGAGCCAGCGUGGCCAAUCUGUCCAUCUCGGGGCUGAAUGACAACGUUGUGAUUACCCUGAGGAACGCGGAGCCCGUUCCGGCUAAUUUUGUGGCCUCGUGCGUUUUCUGGGACUUCACGUUGAAUAACGGAUCCGGUGGAUGGAACCCGAGCGGCUGUGUUGUCCAGAACGGCACCGACAACACGACAACAGUGUGCGGCUGCAACCAUUUGACCAGCUUCGCCGUCCUGCUGGACCCCUUUGAAAAGUUUUCCCCCAGUCCCCUCCAGAACACCAUCCUCACCUACAUCACCUACAUCGGCUGCGGCAUCUCUGCCAUCUUCCUGUCCGUCACCCUCCUCACCUACCUGUCCUUCGAGAAGCUGCGCAAGGACGUCCCGUCCAAGAUCCUGAUCCACCUGUGCUUCGCGCUGCUGCUCCUCAACCUGGUGUUCCUGGUGGACGCGUGGCUGGCGCUCUACACCAGCGCCGUGGGCCUGUGCAUCUCCACCGCCUGCUUCCUGCACUACUUCCUGCUGGCGUCGUUCACCUGGAUGGGGCUGGAGGCCGUCCACAUGUACAACGCCCUGGUGAAGGUCUUCAACAACAACAUGUCGCGCUACCUGCUGAAGUUCUCGCUGGUGGGCUGGGGCGUCCCCAUGGUGGUCGUCAUCAUCGUCGUCGCAAUAAAGCCGGACAACUAUGGUCUGAUGUCCUAUGGGAAGUUCGCAGACGGCCGAAGCGACGACUUCUGCUGGCUGAGGAGCGACGUGGCCUUCUACGUGGCCGUGGUGGCCUACUUCUGCGUCAUCUUCCUCUUCAACCUCAGCAUGUUCGUCGUGGUGCUGAUGCAGCUGUGCCGCAUAAAGCGCCAGAACCCUCACAACGCGCGGCACCGCAGCACGCUGCAGGACGCGCGCAGCGUGGCCGGGAUCACCGUCCUCCUGGGCCUCACCUGGGGCUUCGCCUUUUUUGCGUGGGGGCCCGUCAAUCUGGCCUUCAUGUACCUCUUCGCCAUCUUCAACUCGUUGCAGGGUUUUUUUAUAUUCGUGUUCUAUUGCGCGGCGAAGGAAAACGUGCGGCGCCAGUGGAGGGUGUACCUGUGCUGUGGCAACAUGAGGCUGGCAGAGAACUCAGAUUGGAGUCGCACUGCGACACAGAAGACUAUGAAGCCAGUGGGCAAUCUGAAAGCCUCCCAGUCCUCCCAGUCCAACAGCUCAUCCAGCUCCACCUCCUUCCUCGUCACUGAUUCAACGGAGCAGAGCGGCAGCUUUAGUAGUCCAAUGGACGACAGAGAGAUCACGGCACAUGAAGAUGCCAGCGAGGACGUGAUCCUAAAUGAAAUCAACAGACAGAACAGAAACCACCGGGCGUCUUGACCCAAGAAUUGAAAAUGUCUUACUGGAAAAGUAUUUUUGCAUUACUAAACACUGGACAGCUGACAUUAAACUUAUGUAUGAUAGGUUUAAUAUUACUAUAUGUAUAAUUUAUCUUUGUCUCCACUGAUCCCUAUGUAUUUGCUCAGGUAAAAGUACACUGCUACUACUACUACUGCAUGACAUUUGUACCCAAUCCUUCUAUUCCACUACAUUUCACAAGAAAAUGAACCUUUUCCUCCACUUCUUAAGUAGUUGUUAGUUUUCAUAAUGAAAGUUUACAUAUUUUUAAACCUUUGUCUUGAGGACAGUUUCUAUAUUUUUACCAUUAUUUUGUCAGUUUAUUUAUAUUUUCAAAUGAAUAAUGUAAGUACAAACUGUUUCCCCCUUACAGUACGUGGUGUUUUUGAUACUGUGGCACAUGAAAAUUACUAUUAUUAUAAAUGUAAACACAAAGAAUCUUUUUGGUAAAAGAUGUUAAAAAAAGAAUUCUUUUUUUAACCAUCUUCACUAGUUAUACAUGUACUAAUACUUAAAUGAUUUUGAUUUGUGGUCAACAGAUAGUCCUGUUUGCAUUAAAUAAAACAUCUUUAUAAUAACAA